AUGAAGCUUAAUCUCAGCGAGUACACUGAGACGUGCCAGGAAGGACUGGUCAAGCCGGAACCCUGUGAAGUACUAUUCCAGCCUAUAAUUCUAGAUGAAGGUUUCAUUUCAAAGACUAUCACCAAGCGAAGAAGCCGUCAGAUUGGGACAUUGACAGUGGAUAUAAAUUUGACGCCAAUAUGA